AUGUCGUCGUCCUCCAGCACCGCGGUCACCGUUGACCGGGAUUAUUUCGAUACUCUAGUACGCAGAGCUCGGUUUAACACCGAGUCGCGGAAGACCGGUGCACACAAUUCCUCCGUGGUCAUCCCACGGGCUGAGUAUGACAACCUCAUUUUGAUCUCGAAACAAUAUGCCAAUCUCAGACGAAACCUGUUCCGUGGUGGCGUGGACGCAGAUACGGUGAAUAUUCUUAGCCAGGACGACGAGACCAUCCGCCAGUCUGGAAGUUCCGCCCGUGUCAAGCAACAAGUUAACAAGAACUCCAACGAAGGUGGAGGCGCUCCCUUGUAUACAAACGCAUCCACCCCUGGUGGGGGCCGCGGUCACAUCCACGGUGGCGUGUCUCUCAGAAGUUCGAACAGCCCGCAUUACGAACGGGCCGGAUAUGGCGGGGAUGACGGGGAUGAGGAGGAUGACAGCGACGACGAGACCGACGAAAACGGCUCGAGCGACCUCGACUCGCCCAUCGAUGGGAACCCUGGCACAGACGAUGUCCAGCCCCAGGAGUCGCGCACUCGGUAUGAGCGAGCAUGCCUUCGCACGUUACAGCUUUCGGGCCUCGCCGACGGCACGACGCAUGUUGAAAUUACCAAUGCUGUGCGUGGAGGUGUUUUGCUAGAUAUCUGGGUACGCCAUCACGACCGGUCCGCCGCCGUUUCGUUUGUCCGCUCGGAGGACGCGAAGGGUUUCUAUGACCACGUCCGUCGGCACGACUUGUACAUCCGGAACAAAAGGGUCGAAGUCAAGUGGAGCGACCGCCAAUUCGUACUUCCUGACCACGUCGCCAAUAAAAUCGGCAACGGCGCUAGCCGUAAUCUGGUGAUACAUGGUUGCGAUGGCCGACACAAGGAGGAUGUCAUUCGCGAAGAUCUCGACCAUAUUCACAAUCUAGUCGUGGUCAAGAUAGGGUUUGUGAGUGGCAACUGUCACAUUGGCCUAAAUUCGAUCCACAACGCCAUUUAUGCGCGCCAGUGUAUGAUGAGCCGCUUGCGGUACAAGGGCAAAAAAAUCGCCUACGCUGCGGAUGAAUGUGCACAGCCGUACCACCAAGCCGCCGUUGCCAAACCACGCGACAGUGUAACAACUGCAUCCAAGAAGACGGGACUCAGGGGCGUCUCGAACCGCUUCCAGUUGCUGAACCUAGAUGAUACUGUGGACGAAGAGAUUGCCGCCACUCUUCAGGGAAACCAGGCGCUGGAGAUUGCGGUGUAG